CCGCAAAGUAUCUGGCGGAUAUGUAGAACGCGAUUCAGAACCGAGAUCACUCAACAAUCAGAGGUAACUGGAGGUGAUAAACCAAGACUUCCUUGCGACCAUGACUCCCAGCUUGGGCCGAAUGCGAUCGUUCGGGACAAGGCAACCUUGAAAGCUCGUAUCGCUGUAUGUCUUGAGCGAUCUUAGCAGGAAUUUGAGAGUUGGAUGAAUGACGAGAACGCGUUGAUCACUAUGCGCAAGAUACAGAUCAUUCUCUUCUGGCUCAAUUACACUCAAAAAGCGCACUUUAUAGCGCAGACGUUCUUCAAUAUCAUCGGUCUGCAAGAGCAUUUUACGGACGCCGUUCUAUAUCCAUCUAUCGAGGUCACGGAGAAUGCACUGCGCUGUACUCUGCCAACAACUUUUGUACAGGAAACCGCAGAUCCCAUCAAACUAUGGGCCGCGGCUUCGCACUAUGAUCCAGUGCCCUUCAGCAACCCUUUUGGGAAGUCGGUUCUUCGUUGCGGUAUCGAACCGUGUGGCGCCAGCAUUUACGACGAGGACAACCAAGACGUCAGCCCGCGCGACAGUGAGAAAAUACGGAAGGCUCGCGCUAAGCAUCUCAUCAAUAUUUUUGGCAUCCGAGGGCGCUUCGAGAACUCAGGGACCGGCCUUCCGAAGCCUGUAAUGGCCGGGAAGCCUCCGGCAUCCAUACACUUCAACCUUCGUAUCGGCGUCGCUCGGACCUAGGCUAAGCAGAGCCGCGAGAGGCGAAGAGUAAUAAUUGAAGACGCUCACGAGCGUGAGGUCUUUGUUGUAGACGUCCGAAGGAGGAUUUGCGAAGAAUGACGAGGUGAGAUCUUCAGCAGCAGAUUUGACAAGAAUUUGCAGAAUGUGCUUCCAAAUUUCUUCGACGUGCUUGCAUCGGCACUUGAACUGAAGGAAAUACUGGAGGGCUACAGGUUGUAGUUGCACUAUGA